UGUGUGUUGUUGGGGUCAGUUGUCCGUCACGAUCACCUCCAUCACGAAAACGUUGUUUUUGAUUGAGUGUGAGUUUAAUAUUUAAUCUGGUAUUCAUCCACACUCCAUACCAGUUGGUGGAGGUACUGCGCCGCCUCCUUGUUCCGCCAGCAGACAUCCAGCAGAUAAGGCAGGGGUGAGAUGAGGACAGUUUUUUGCUGUCAACAUGGGAGUGCAGGCGCAGGCUCUCGUCUCCGCGAAAUGGCUCGCAAACAUGAUCAGUCGCAAUCUUGCCGGACCGCGUUUGCGGAUCCUGGACUCGUCCUGGCAUCUGCCUGAGAUGAAUCGAGACGCCAAGGAAGAAUUCGCGAAGUCUCACAUCCCAGGAGCGUCGUUUUUCGACAUCGACGAGUGCGCGGACACGGCCUCGGAGUUCUAUCACAUGCUGCCAUCAGAGAAGUUAUUUGCCGAUUACGUUGGGAAUUUGGGUAUCGGAAAUGACAGCCAUGUGGUGGUUUACGACGCCAGCGAUUUUGGGGCAUUUUCGUGCAACAGGGUUUGGUGGCUGUUCCGGUAUUUUGGCCACCCUCAAGUGUCGGUGCUGAACGGGGGUUUUAGAAACUGGGUUAAGGAGGGCCAUCCAGUCUCUGGCACGUACACCAAGCCCGAACCAGCCCGCUUCACCACCACCGUGAAGAAUCCGUCCUGGGUGAAGUCUUUUGAGGACAUUACAAAGAACAUUACAACGCAGGAGAUGCAGGUGGUGGAUAUGAGGCCCUAUGAGAGGUUCCGUGGACUAGAGCCAGAGCCCAGAGAGGGUAUCCUGCCGGGCCACAUACCUGGCUCCAAAUGCAUGCCUUUCUAUGAUUUCCUCGACAAGGAUGGCAUGAUGCUCCCCACGGAGAAGCUGAAGGAGUUCUUCAAGAGGUCACAGGUGGACCUGAAGAAGCCGAUCUGUGGAUCCUGUGGCUCCGGUGUGACCGCCUGUCACAUGGUGCUGGCUGCCCAUCUGUGUGGCGCCCCCGAGCCGUCUGUGUACGACGGAUCCUGGUAUGAGUGGUUUGCCAAGGCUCCACCCGAGCACAUCGUCUCCGAGGCCAAGGGCAAGCUUUGAGUAGGACGACCACAAAGUCAAAUUUACAAAUCAGCAUUAAACAGAUCACUUUACGCGAGCAGUUGAUUCACCAGAUCAUUGAUUCAUUGUAAUGUAACUAUUAAAAGAGAUGUUUUGACCUCUAAAAUGAGCAGAGGUGUAACCCCUAAAGCUGCGCUGUGUGCACAGAAAUGCCAGUGGAAGCUUGUUAGAGGAUUUGCACAUGAAUGUAACACUAAGCUCUAUUCGAUUGUGAAACCAGGCUCUACAUAAUGCAGUUUGUUGGCAGCAUAGAAGUAGAUCUAAUCAUUUAAUUAAAUUUUUUUGUUGAUGGAUUUAAACAAUUUUCUUUGAUGUUGAAACAUGUUUGAAAUAACAUUUUAAUUGAAGUGAGUUAGUGACAAAACCCAGUUAUCCCGUUUUCAGUAUGAGACCCUAUGAAGAUGGUGCUAAAAUUGAAUUUUGUCCCCUUUUUUUAGCAGCAAGGUGUUUUGUGUUCCUUGCUUCUUUCUGGCCCUCUUUUACAAGCACCCCCACCCCCAGUAUCUGAAAACAGAUAUCACUAUAUGCAAAGAAUCUUAUAUUUUGUUUUCCAGCCCCCAUGAGUUGAGUCAAUCUCAACUUCUUGAAUAUUGAAAAGCAUCCUUUUUGUUCUAGUGCAGGCAUCUCAAACCGGUUCCAUAAAGGGCCGCGUGGCUGCAGGUUUUCAUUCCAACCCAGGAGGAGCACAUCAGGCCAACCAAUCAACAUCAAGGGAUCACUUAGUUAUCAGCUGAAGACUGAGAUCAGCUGAUUAAUUGAUUCCAGCCUGGUGUGUUCCUCCUGGGUUGGAAUGAAAACUUGCAGCCACACGGCCCUUUAUGGAACCGGUUUGAGAUGCCUGUUCUAGUGCCUCUACUUCAUGGGCCUUUUCAGAAAUUGAUCUGAUUGUCGCCCCCUGCUGGUGCUUUGCUGGAAGUGCAGUUUAUAAGACGUGCCUUGGAGGACUUGGAAGAGUCCACUUUUCUAAACGCAGCCCUUAUUUGUGUGCUGUAGCCUCUGCUUCAGUUACCUUGCAUAAAGUUGCCAAACAAAUUAGUUUCGAUGAGUAUGUGCUUUCAAAUAAAUCUUUUUUUAUAUUCACAGUGGCUUCUUAAUAAACGCAAGUGUAAGAAUGUG